AAACAAAAUUUCGAAAAAAAUGCUAAGGCAAGACAAAAAUUAUUUUUCAUUGCAAAAAUUGUGACAUAAAUAUUUUAAUAAAACAAUUAAAUAAUGAAGUGCAAAAAUUUUUGCUAUCGAAACGUAGUUCUUGAUGAAAUUUCAAACAGAAAGCAUUAAAAUGAAUCCGACGAUACAUAUUUCAAGUUUGUGUAUUUUAUUAUUGAUGAUGUGCACGAAAAUCAACGGCGAUUUGGCUACCAAUUCGAUAAGAAGAUCCGAUUUCGAUUUGAAAACAGCCCAAACUCCAUACCAAUUGAUAGAAUCUCUGAGAAAACAAGUUCUGGAAAAGGAAAACGAAUUGAAGAAAGCCGAAGAAAUCAACAAAAAUUUUGAAAAAAUGAUUCAGCUGGUAAACAUUUUGGGCCAAGUCGAUUCGUUUCUAACGGAACGUACGAGAGCAAUGAUACAAAAACUUGCUAUGCUAACGGGGGCUGAUAAUGGAGAAUUCGAGAAAGAAUACAACAAAAAACAUCCUUUCAAAUGAUUCACGUUAUACUGGCAAUAAUUGUGAAAAAUAUUAAAAAAUUUACCUUACAUACAAAACUAUCGAAUUGUAAUAGUUUCCUAUUAAGAUAUUAGAAAAAGUGCAAUAAAAAAG